CCGGGCGGUGGCUGAGGCUCACCUGCGCGAGGCCCGGCCCAGGGCGGGCGGCGGGCGCACAACUGAGCCGAGGUUCCGACGCUCGGUCCGCGCCUCGGGCUUCCGCCGGGUCAGCUGACCGCCCAGUGCGGAACUAAGCGCCGGCCGCGAGCUGCCUGCCGCCACCGCGCUCCUGCUCGGCACUCGGUACCGCGCGCCCGCCCCGUCGCCAUGGCCGGGCUUGUGGUCAGUGGAACUCAAGUGUCCUACAUAGGCCAGGACUGCAGAGAGAUUCCAGAGCACCUCGGCAGGGACUGUGGACACUUUGCAAAGAGGCUUGAUCUGAGCUUUAACCUUCUGAGCAGUGACUCCAGGGAUGUUGGUUCCGGAGACUGGCUUUGUGACUUUGGGUCACUGGAAGGACUGAGCGCGUUCGGGAGCCUGGAGGAACUCAUCUUGGACAACAAUCUGCUCGGCGAUGACCUCGUGUUGCCAGGGUUACCCAGGCUCCACACCUUAACCCUCAACAAGAACCAAAUCACUGACUUGGAGUAUCUGCUUGAUCACCUGGCAGAAGUUACACCAGCUCUGGAGUACCUCAGCCUCCUGGGGAAUGUGGCAUGUCCCAAUGAGCUCGUCAGCCUGGAAAAGGAUGAGGAAGACUACAAGAGAUAUAGAUGCUUUGUUCUGCACAAACUACCCAAUUUGAAGUUUCUGGAUGCUCGGAAAGUAACCAAACAGGAACGAGAGGAAGCUUUGGUCAGAGGGGCAUUCAUGAAGGUGGUGAAGCCCAAGCCCUCCAGUGACAGAGUUGUUGUCUCUCCUAAGAGCCACUACACACCCCUGCCCUCUGCUUCCAGGGAACUCACCAGUCACCGAGGUGUCCUGGGGAAGUGUCGCUAUAUUUACUAUGGGAAAAACUCAGAGGGCAACAGGUUUAUCCGUGAUGACCAGCUCUGAAAGGCAAGUUCUCUAUGCCUUAGCCAGUGACAUGAGAGUUAGAAAACAAAACAAACAAACAAAAAAAAAAAGCAAAAAUAAAGGAAAAGCUAAAUGAAAA